UGGCCGCCCAGCCGCACAAUGCGACGUGGCACCGGCGAGCUGUCGUAAAGACGCCGUCAACCUCCGCCCCAUUUUACAGCAGCUGCCGAAGAGGCGAUGGCUGUCAGCUCAGGAUCCUCGCUUGUCCUUUCCUCGCUCCUCACCCUCCUGCUGUUCGCUGGGAUGCAGAUGUACAGUCGGCAGCUGGCAUCCUCGGAGUGGCUGACCAUCCUCGGAGGAUUCCUGGGAUCGAUUCUCUUCCUCUUCUCCUUAACAGCGUUUAACAACUUGGAAAGUGUGGUGUUUGGAAAAGGAUUCCAGGCCAAGAUAUUCCCGGAGAUCACAGUGUGUUUGCUGCUGUCUCUCUUUGCAUCGGCCCUGAUCCACCGGGUGUGCGUCACUACCUGCUUCAUCUUUUCCAUGAUCGGACUGUACUACGUUAACAAGCUGUCUGCCACCCUGUAUCAGGCAGGACCCCCCCCUCCCCUCGCCAGCAAGACUCCCAAGAAGAAGAGGAAUUGAAGCUGACGUGUGUCUCCCCCCCUCCACUGUGCACGUGUGCUGUUCUGCGCUGCUGGAAUAAAGAUGGGUGUAAUUUUUAUUCA